GUAGACAAAAGAACAAUAAAGCAGUGGUAAAAUGUUAAGAAAAAAGAAACUUAUUUUGUUACUUUUGAUUUUGAUAUUAACUAAUGAACGCGGAAAAAAUGGCAAACGUUUUUGGGUGAAGGAAUGGUUAAGAGAUCGUGAAAAUUUAUCUCAUAUGAAACUCCUGAAGCGAUUGAAAGAUUCCAGCAGCGAAGAUUUUAAAAAUUAUCUUAGGAUGGACGAGGCUUCUUUCAGAAAAUUAUUAACUUUAGUUAAACCCCACAUAAAACGACAGAAUACAGUAAUGAGAAAAGCCAUUAGUGCUGAAGAAAGGUUAAUAGUGACUUUGCGGUAUCUGGCAACUGGACGUACAUUUGAGGAUUUGAAAUUUUCUGCCAUUAUUUCUCCCCAAGCACUAGGAAAAAUUAUACCAGAAACCUGCGAAUGGAUUUACAAGGCGUUGAAAAAGGAAUAUAUGAAGUUUCCAAAAACAUCAGAGGAGUGGCAAGAAAUAGCUUAUAAUAUUGAAACCAGAUGGAACUUUCCUAAUUGUGGAGGAUCUAUUGAUGGUAAACAUCUGCGAAUUGUUAAACCAGCCAACAGCGGGUCAUAUUUUUUAACUACAAAGACUAUCACAGUAUAGUUCUCAUGGCCCUUGUUAAUGCUGAUUACGAAUUCAUAUAUGUUAAUGUAGGCUGUAAUGGGCGAGUUUCUGAUGGAGGGGUCUUAGAAUAUACAAAAUUUUACGAUAAACUUAUAGAAAAAAAGCUAAAUUUGCCUUCUAAUGACGUAACAAAGCAUAAUUUAAAUUUCGUUUUUGUGGCAGAUGAUGCGUUUGCAUUACAUGAAAAUAUUUUAAAACCUUUCCCGGGAAACAAUUUAACAAAAG